AUGCGUCCUCGCAACAAGCCCUUGUCGAGGAAACCUCAGACCCGAACCCCUCCGAUCAGCCAUAUACGAGAGCUUCAAGGCCACUGCGCUUCCACCGCCGAGAUCCACUCUCCCCGCAGCCUAGACGUAAGCAGCCGUGACCCGCUUUCCGACAAUUACCCAUCAUCCCCGAGUAGUGCAACCGUCCGCGCGAGGAGGAGCAGCGCCGUUCGUCCUCCGAGCAGUCCUUCCAUGAGCCGCCGACGAUUCUCCGAGCGAACAGUCCACCAUCACGGGCCCAGCCGAGUCGAGUUCCUUACAGCAGCACCGUCCGCCAUCACCGCCGAUGACUCAGUCCGUGAGUCGGCUGCCGUUCGACGUCGCAACCUGACCGUUCGUCUCCGAGAAGUUCGUCGCAGCAGCAGGGACCUGUCCGCACUUUAG